AUGGUUCGUGUACCGUUAAAGAAAUACUUGAAAGAGAAUCCAGAGAAAGUCUUGGUAUCAGAUGGCGGUCAAGGGCUAGAAUUGGAGAGAAGGGGUUUGGAUAUCAAGCAUCGUCUUUGGUCCACUAGACCCUUUCUUAGCAAAUCAUUCUGGAGUGACCCAUCGUCUAAUGAUAUUAGGAUCGUCAAAGGGAUGUUCGAGGACUUUGUCAAUGCUGGUGCUGAGAUUCUAAUGACCACUACCUACCAAACCAGCUUCAAAGCUGUUUCGGAAAGUACUGAACUCAAAUCCCUUCGGGAAUACAAUGAAUUGUUGGACAAGAUAGUUGGUUUUACCCGUGCCUGUAUUGGUGAUAAUCGGUAUUUGAUUGGAAGUAUUGGCUCAUAUGGUGCGCUCGUUGGUGGCGAAUACAGCGGAGAUUAUGGUGAUAGCCCAGAAACUGUUGAUUUUUAUAGUUAUUUCAAGCCACAAUUGGACAACUUUUUGAAUAACGAUGAAAUUGAUAUUGUUGGAUUUGAGACCAUUGCCAACUUUACAGAAUUGAAGUCACUUCUUUCAUGGGAUGAAAAAAAGGUGUCUAAGCCAUUUUAUAUCUCGUUAUCAGUGCAUGAUAAUGGUAAUCUAAGAGACGGUACUCCCAUGCAUUUGAUCACAGAUUAUAUCAAGUCACUCGCAACUGCCAUAAACCCAAAUUUAACUUUCUUAGGAGUUAAUUGUGUCAAUUACAAUAAGGCCACAGAAAUUAUUGAUUCCAUUCACAAUGGUUUACCAACUAUGCCGCUAUCAGUUUUCCCAAAUAGUGGUGAAGUAUUCAAUGUUGAAAAGGGUAUAUGGACGGCAAAUCCUGAGGCGGCAGCUAGCUGGGAAGCUGUGGUUAAGAGAUUUAUAUCUUCUGGAGUUCGUAUUGUCGGAGGGUGUUGCAGAACAAGACCUCAUGAUAUCGAACAAAUAUCCAAAGCAGUAAAAAAAUUAUCUAACUAA